CUGAUAAUCGAUACGUCGAAUCGAUAGAGUAGAUAGAUAGAUUUAUUGGCACACCUCAGUAAAAAGAUACAAGAAAUUAAACAAUUGAUUAAAUGUAGAGGCAGACAACAGGCGGUCUUAUCGCUAAAAAGCUAUAUCCCAGACAACUUAAAGUAUUCUAUUUUUAGCUUAUAGUAAAUUACCAUUUUAAUCUUAUUUCAUCAUAAUGUUUAGACUAGCUUACUAUUAAUGCAUGUUAUGUUCACCUGUAAUUGUUGGCGCAAUUAUAAUGAAAUAGCACACAUGUCUAUUAGCUUAAUUACACGCCAUAUAAAAUGUUUUUGCCACUGUUGCUGAUCCUAAAUAAUAAAAUCAAAUAGUGUACCCCACUGGUGUAAGUGCAUUUCAUUUAAGUGUCAAAAAGUUGGCUUCGUCUCCACCAAGUCUCCACGCACGGCACACCAUUGUUCCCUGAUGGGAAAGAAAUCAAAUAAAAUAAAAUGCCAGUGCAAUACAGUUUCAUUCCCGAAAUCGAAGUCCAAUAUUUCCAGAAAUGUUAAAAAGUCACAAAAUAUUUAAACCAACGUAUCUUUAGAAUCGGAGUUAUCGUGUUUAUUUAUAGAUCAGAGUCCGAGUCAAAGGUCCGAGUGUAAGUAAAAGUAUGUAUACGUGAGGAUUUGCUUAUUGCAUUGAACACUUUUUGUCAUUUUACCAAACAUUCAACCUUUUUUUCUGAAGACUGCACUCACGCCCUGUUUUAUUUGUAUUACUUACGUCAACUCGUAUUUUGUCAGAUUAAUUUAAAUCAAGUCAAAAGUACUAUUUUUGCUACUUAGAGUAUUGCAAUAUUCCGUGUUAGUGCGAAAACAAUAUGGUUGUCCGCAUAAUUAUUGCGGGUGAAUCCCAAUGCGAAAAGUUUGCGCAAGUUAACUUGGUGGUGGAUCAUCUCUCUCAAAAUCUACCCAACUUUUGUUACGAACGUAUAGAAAAAACUAUCCCGGAAUGGAAAACUUGGCUUUCCAAGAUAAAUCAGAAAAAUAAAUGGCAUCACAUAGGAUCUCCUUUAGUUUGGAAAGAACUCUUCAUGAAAGGAAGUAAACCCUAUUAUAUUGGCGGUCUUCCACAAUUUUUAGAUUAUUGCCAUUCGUAUUACAAAUUUGAUUAUUUUAUGGCAGAUUCUAAAUUUAAAGGUUUAACUGAAAACUGUAAUCAAUAUCGAACAAAAAUUAAAAAGGAUAAACAAGAGAUACAGGUGAAAUUUUCUACAAAAGAUAAGAUAGUCGAAAGUCUACCGAAAAAUGAUUAUGUUGUAUGUAUAUCAGGUGCUGGAUAUCAGUUGACGGAGCACUUAAUAUCACAAUUACUGGAACUAUCGGUGGGCACUAAAACUAUAGCCAAAAUAUUUAUCUAUGACAGUGAAUGCCCUAACCCACCGAUAGACAAGAUAGAACAUGAAUGUAGUUACAUUGAAACUAACUAUUCUGGAAAAGUAGUGAAAUAUGUUGAAAAAAUUGGUAUUGCUCUGACGUAUUGUGACCUAUUGAUAGUAUUGGAUCACGUACCUUUUCACAUGGAUUUACCCAUUGGGGAUUGGUUGGAAGCAAACAAACACGCAAUGGAAGAAAUAGCUUUAAUGCUAAAUGCAUCAGCACCGCGAGAUAUACGUAUCCUAUUACCUAAUCUUGGCCCAGCAUGUUACAAUGCAACGAUCCUGAUGAAAGCGGCGAACAUUGAAAAACAUAACAUAGUAGUGGCUACAUCCGACUUAGGUUUAGAGGUAGCUCCAGUAGCAGCGGAAAUUGCUGAAGUGUCUAUGAGAAACAUGUUCUGUCCACCCGUGUGGGGAUUUGUUGGAGUUAAUCAUUUAGUGGAUAUAAGAACUACAAUACAUAAAUACAAUACCUUCGAGCCAUACAAGAGAUACACAAGAGUGAGAAAUUCAACCUUAAAUAUAGGUUCCAUUACUCCAGAAAUGCGAACAAUGGAAUAUUUAAUUUUAUUUGAUAAUACUCUGUGGACGAAGGUCCUGGAAAGGAGAAAACAAGAAAGUUUUUCGCAACUUCCCAUUAAUAAAGUCAUCAGUCUUGUUAAUGUGGUUAAACUUUGGCUAUUUGGGUCUCAACCUGACGAGAUCAUUUGUCUAGGGAUCAAAUGUAACGGAUCGUUUGGGUUACAUUUCGAUGGUGUUUUUUCACAACCGGCGCAUUAUAUUAAUGGAAAGUGGUUACCAGCAGAAAAUUAUUUAAUACCAAGAGAUCCUGAAAUUAAAUUGCCUUAUUUAGAAGAUAUGGCACGGUUGUGCAUGAACAUGCAAAAGGGAAUGUUACCAAAAGUUGCAUCUUAUUCUCCAUGUAUUUGUAAACCACUUAAAUUAUCUGCGAAAGUAUGUCGGAGUGCCUUUUACAAAUAGUAUUUUUUAUUUUUGGCUAACGUAUUUUUCUUUAAAAAUCGUGUCUUUUUACAAUUUUAUUUAGUUAUAUUUGAUGCUAAUCGAUGACUCAUAACGAUUUAAAAAUAUAGACAAUCGAUUUGAAACGAUGGUUCAAGUUUCUGAACGUUAUCACAAACAAGUCGGGUAACUUCGUUUCGCAUCGAAGCACUGCUAGCUUUACAACACUAGUGCAAAACGAAACGUUGCUAGAAUAUGACGGGUCUCAUGUUCUGCGGGGAGAUGUUAUGACGUGCAGCAACUGUCUUUGUUUCAACAACAUUCGUAUAGUUUUCGAGAAGAUUGUUAGUUAAAAUGUCGUGAUAUAUCAUAUUUAGUAUGAUGUGAUACGCCGUGGUAUUGCGACAUGAAUUUUCCCAAAGCAUGACCGUGCCAAUAGGAGUUAUUAGCAUAGUUAGGAUUUCGUAUUGGUUAAGUUGUGUGAAUGUUGUGCCAAUAAUGAGAUAGUGGAGUGUUGUGAUGUGGUUCGGGGACAUGCGGGGGGUGGUGUGGAUGGUGUGGGUGGCCGCGGCGGUGGCAGCAGUGGCCGCGACUCCCCUGGAGUCCGAGAUGCCCGUCCCGCGAGGUGAGAGGAAGAACCUUGCCACCUACGCUUACCUCCGAGCCUGCUCCGCUCAUGCCUCUCGUUAACUUUGCAUGUGCUACUGCACAUGUCACACAAUACUUUUUCUGUCAUCGAAAGUGAUUUCGUGGAAGCUACUAAAACUUUUGUGUUAUGGAAGUUUUGUUUAUGUUUUAAUAAACUUGUAUGCUUGAA